UUAGUUGACAACACCUUAAAAAGUUCUACUACUCUACAAAGAGCUACUGUACUGUAGAGCCAUUGCGAGUACGAAGAGUAGUCGUUAUUGAAGUGUGCAAUAGAGCAGAGCUGUUAGCUUAGCGUAGUGCGUCACCAUACGUGCGCCCUCGUGACAAAUGGUGACUGCACCCGACAGCCCCAAGUGUCCUGCCAAACCUAUUUGCCUAUUCGCGUAGACUGACGUGAUUUACAUACAUAUAUACAUAUGUAUAUAAAAUAUUAUAUUACAUUCCAUUUAACUUUUGUAUAUCAAAUAAGCAUACAUUAAUCAAUACGGUUGAUUAAAAUUUAAUUGACAUAUGGUGUUCCAUUAAACAAGCGACUCGUCGUCAUCGUCAUCGUCGCCGUCGUUGUGGUAUGUCCAUAUAUUUGUUUAUUGAGUGAGCGAGCGCGUAUGUUUUGUACUCCAAGUGACCUGACUGAUGAAGUUUUGGCAAUGAUUUCGGUAUAAACUUUUGACCGUGAAUGGUUCGUGAGUUGUGGGAUUGAAAUCUGAAGAUCUGGAUUUCUAUUUUUUCAGUGCCAGCCAAAUGUUCAAAGCGAAUUGGUCACCACUACGCUUCGUGUUAAUUGAGUAUGCCAUUAAAAAGUGAUCAAGAGAUUAUGGAAAAUUCAAUGCUUGAGGAGGAUCCGAAUGGAAAUUCGGCACUCGAACAGGUAUUCAACACAGAAAAGAAUUCUCCUCGGUGGGGACCACAACAUAAGGGUGCACAAGAGCUUGCUAAGCUGUAUGGCCCAGGGAAACGUCUACAAGAGAUAGUCUGCGUUUACACCUGCAUCGCACUCAUGUUAGUUGACCUGAUACUGAUCCUAAAACAUAUACAUUUUGAAAGACUGAGUGUGGCUUGUGUAUCGGCGUUGUGUGGUAUUAUAACGGCCGACUUCGGUUCCGGAUUAGUCCACUGGGCAGCUGAUACUUGGGGUAGCGUUGAAUUACCGGUCAUUGGGAAGAAUUUUUUACGGCCUUUCCGUGAACAUCAUCUGGAUCCAACGUCUAUAACGCGGCAUGACUUCAUUGAAACCAAUGGUGACAACUUUAUGGUUAGCAUACCCAUAUUGGGCUUCUUAGCAUACAGCUUUAACACGAAAUCACCUCAAGAUAUCCAGCAAGAUUUUGGCUGGAUAUCAUAUUUGUUUUUGUGUUCAAUAUUUGUGGCUAUGACAAAUCAGAUUCACAAAUGGUCGCAUACUUAUUGGGGUCUACCGAGAUGGGUUCUCUUCUUGCAAAACUAUCACAUAGUAUUACCACGAAAACAUCACCGCAUACAUCACGUAGCACCGCAUGAGACAUAUUUUUGCAUUACUACGGGCUGGCUGAAUUGGCCAUUAGAAAAGAUUAAAUUCUGGCCCACGUUAGAGGCUAUAAUUGAAUACUGUACAGGCUGCAAGGCACGCGACGAUGACCUCAAGUGGGCAAAAAAGAUGACAUAACUGUAUUGGGACAAAGCUGAGAAAUGGGCUUCAAUCCUCGAGAUCCUCACAAACUAGUCGAGAACCAUACAUACAAAUGAACGUAUGCACCGGAAUGUGUGUACACGUGUGGAUGUUUCUGCAAAUCACACAUAAAAAUUUGUUAAACUCUUAUGAUAAUUUUUCUUGCGCUGAAUGUACAAAUGCUGAAUAUACAAAUCGCAUCAGUUUAUCCAUACUAAUUAGUAUUUUUUAUGAUAUUCUCAAAUUUCAUACAAACACAUACAUAUAUAUUACAUAUAUGAGCUUACGUUCAUAAAAUUAAUACACAAACACACCCACACACAUAGUAUGUUGAAUGAAAGUGCAACAACAACUUAACAUCAAAUAUCACAAGCAAUUACAUAAUUUAAGUGAAGACUCUAGGAGAGUUAGGAAGCUUUUUUACAAAUAUACACUACAUAGCGCAUAAUUAGAAGAAAAUAUCAUUUUUAAAUAAUUUAACUUUAAGCUUUUAUAGAUAAUACAAUUAUUAAACUGCUUGAAUAACAACUAUCGGUCAAUUGUUUAGAAACAAACAAAGAAACAAACGGUAAAUUAAGUUGUACUUCAAAAUAGAACAAAUUAGACACAUGACAGUGCAUAUGUGUGUAUUGUACUUUAAAGUUAACUUUAAACUUUAUAAUUUAUAAUUUCUACGCCAAUCUAUUUUUAUUACUAUUACUACCAUGCAUAACUUAUAUGCAGUUUUAACAAUAACCAUAAUUUUGAAAACAAAAAUUUUAAUUGAAACAAUUAAUAAUCUUAUUCAAUCUGUUGUUAUGAAAUUAUGUUGUUUAAUGCCCCGACUACGGUUUGCAGCUCAAUUUUUCUGUAUUUUUGUUGAAGUUUUGAAAUUCGGUAUUAUGGAAAUCAACCCAAAUCUGCCAAAAAUCAAUUUUAUCGAUCUUCAAUUUUUGUUGUGGUAUAACAGUUUACAAUAAGAUUCAAAUUUUCGAACAUAUUAUAAACAUUCAUUUGAAAUUCAUGGAAUGAAAGCGCAGCACAUCAGUUAUGACUCCAACAUUUUCCUCAUUGCAAUACUACUAUUGUGAUCAAAUUGAAAGGUGAAUUUUGUCCAUUUCAUCUCCUUCAAAGUAAUCCCCUCCCACUCCAAUACACUUAUGCCAACGAAUUUUCCAGUCAUCAUAGCAUUUGGCAAAAUCCUCUGUCGGGAUGACCAUCUUCGAUUCAUCUUUUAUAUCCUCAAAACGGUGUCCUCGGAGUGGUCAUGUGAAUUUGCUGAAUAGCCAGAAGUUAUACGAAGGUAAAUCUGGCGAAUGCGGUGAUUUCGGCACGAUAUUAGUUGAAAAUGUGGCGAAAUGAUCACGAAUAACCAAUGCGGUAUGAGAAGGUGCGUUAUCGCACUUCUUUGCUCAAUAAAUUCAGACAUAAUAAAACUUGAAGAAUUCACUUUUAGAGACUCACAAAACGACGCGUAUCUCAAAUACUAAUAAAUAUUUUGCCGCGAAAUUUAGUAUAGAUGUCACUAACAGUACUACCAACUUACAGAAAAAAAAUUUACCGAUUCGAAAGACACGUAAAGUAUAAAUUAAAAAUUCACCUUUCAAUUUGAUCGCAAACUACUGUGCAUUUUAAUGUUUAUUCAUCCUUUCGGGAGCAUUAACAUAAUUUAAUUAUUUAGAUUUUUCGUUUAAAAAUCUCAGCAGUUUAAUUAUCUAUCAAGUCUUAAUUUUUUUAAGUUGGCAACAUGAAUUAGUUGUUGUUCGUAAUGCCAAAAAAAAAAAGUUGGUUGUUCUGAUGCUUUAAAAACAUAGACGAUAUAUUAUUUGUUAAUAACGUAUCUUCUAGUAAAACUAAGAAAAUUUAAAAAAAAGGGUAAAAUUCUACAAUUUUUUAAAAAUUGAAAAAAGUGGGUUUUGACCAAAAAAAAUUUUAAUUUAUGUUGUUUAAAAAUAUGUUCAAACUUGACUUUCCUUAGUUUUUUUUAGUUUAAAUAGAAGAUAAUUUAAUGCCAAAGAUAAUAAAUUUUGCCCCAAUUCCCUACGACGUUUAGUUUUUUUCUAUCCUGCCUGCCAAUUAAGAAAAAUCGUUAAAAUGAAAAACCGAGACAUCGCGCGUCAAAUUUUUCGCUUUCUGCCCAAGCGCUCAUACUUGUACAUAUAUCUGCUAGACGCCCGGUCACUAUUUCCCUUCUAGCUUCGACAAUACUUCGAAUCCCCAUCUAUAACUUUGAGGACAUAUUCUUAGAUAAUUUUUGAAGAUAUUUAAGCAAAAAAAAGCGAUUUUUUGAAGCUUCUAAAGCAGGCUCCUCCCUAUCAAUUCAACUUUUUCAAAUGAUAUACCAAAUCUAUUUUAUGCUUCUGUUGGUAAAAUAGUGUUAGACUUGUUAGUGUUUUUAAUAUAAUAACUUAACAUUUCACAUAUAUGUAAGUGGCUGCCCAUUGUCGUCGGCAAAAUUAGAAAUAUAUUUAAUUUGCCGACAGCGGCAACUGCUAGCCUAUUGCAGAAAAAUCGUGCUGUUGUCUAAAUAACUGUGUCUUAAUAACGUGCUGCAUUCAAUGUAUUUAUUGCAUAAAGUUGAAUUGCUUUAACUUUAAUAGAACUGAGUCCAAUUGCAAACCGUAAUAGGAUUAGAAGUCAAAUGCGUAUGCUGCAAUGACAUUAAGUUGGUUUCAUAACACUUCCACUGCAUUAAAAUGAAAUAUACUUUUGUAUUAUACGAUUUGAAAAAAACUUGUUCUAUUAAUAAUUUUUACUUUGUAUUACAAAUAAAUUUGAAUCAUUAUUGAAAAUUAGCAGUAGUUAAGCAAUCUUAAGUGGAUAGAAAAUUUAAAUACAUUGCUAUUAAUACUUAUUUACGCAUAUUAAUAAUCUAAUGUUAUAAUUUUAUUCACUUGCCCUAGCUAUAGGAUCGAUUUUGGAUAUAUUUGUGCCCGCAGUUUAUAACACAAAAUAACAUAUGUUAUGAACAGAUAAAUAAUUUCAAUUUUGUUUAAGAAUACAUUGAAGUAGAGAUAGAGAAAAAUUUCGGAAAUAUGCUGUAUUUCAACAAAACUCCUUUAAUGAGCUUUCCUUUUAUAAUAUUCCAGCCAAAAAUCUUUUUUAAGGACAAUUAAGCUAUCAUGUGACGAUCCCAUCAAUCUUGUUUCCUUUCUGCCUUCACUUUUAGGUCUUGGUGGGACUACUCUCCGUUUUCUUCAAUAUAAUUUCCUAACUUAACCGGAAAUUUGUCCAGAUACUUGCGGAGAUACUCAUAUUUACUCGUAGAGUUUAUGAUUUAUAAUCGUAUUUUACACAAUUUCUUCAUAAUUUGAUAUUCUAUAGUCACCCAGGAAAUUUUCGACUAUUAAUAUAAAACUUUUCUAUGAUUCAUUUUCCAAGACAGUAAAAAAUUUGAAAAAAAUCGGUUACUUUCAUUAUUAUUAAAUACUCUACCUUUCAAUAUAUUAAGUUUCGGAAAUUGUCUAGAAAUAUUAAAACAAUAUCCUUCCACGUCCAAAUCUUUGACGUAUUGUACCAUCAUUCGAGAAAAUAGUUUUGGUAGACUGUACCGAUAUCUGUGUAUUUGGAGACAUUAUUAUUUCUGAAUAGUCCAUGCGAAUUACUUUUGAAACGAGAGUUAGUAUUUUAUUGACUAAACAGGAAAUUUUGAAGACCGCAAUUCUAGAUAUCUUUACGUUUGAUUCUUUUAUUUUAAAACAUUCCGCUUAUAUUUUUUUCGGUAAGGUGAUGUUUGUAUGCGCGAAAGAGGUGCGCAGAAUUUUAAUUUUGACUGGAAAAAUAAAUUUAAUAAGAUAAGCAAUAAUCGUAAAAAUAGGAGCAGUUUUAAUACUUUUAACAAUAAAUGCGUAAUUUGGGCAUGAAAAUUUGCUAAAAAAGAAAAUGUGCAUAGCUGUGUUAUUAUAAUUGUGGUAAUAAUGCGUAUUCAACAUAAUAAUUACUAUUACAUAUUGUUAUUAUCUUUCAAAUUUUUCUGGCAAUGCAUUUUUAACUUGCUGAAAGCUAUUAUUUUUUCCAGAAAUCAAUAAAAUUUUGUUAUUUUUUUUUCUAGGAAUAUUUAAAGUUUGGUUAUGCAUAUUCACCUUAUGUACUGAUGUAAUGCAAUCUUUUCUAGCAAUUCGAAAAACUUAAUGACAAUUCAUGUAUGAUGUUCUAAUUUAUAUAUUUCACAAAAAUUUUAUUGACUUUCUAUAAUAGUAUAACUUAAGGUAUUGUGAAAUUUUAAAGUAUUUACAAAUUUAAAAGUAAUGACUCUUGGAGUUAUUCCAGCUAGUUCCAAUCGUAACGCCUUGCGAUUACCAGUGAUGGUCAUCUGAAACCAAUUUUUAAAUUAACAAAAUGGCGUCACUAAGAUCAUUCUUCUAGAUUUUCGGGGAAAAACCAACAGCCAAAGAUUAUAAAAAAUCGAACAAGAUUAAAAAAAUCCUUCGUACAAGAAAUACUUUUUCAUGCUUUCAAAAAGUUGCAUGAAUUUCAUGUCAAGCGGUUUUCGAGCUACAGUCUGGUAACCACGUCAAAAAACGUAGUUUUGAGAAAACUCAUUUGAAGUUUUACACGUCCACGACUUUAAGUAAAAAAUACGUUACAGAUCACCCAUGAAUAUUUUGCUAAUUAUUGAAUAACUUGAAAAGUUAGUUCCGAUUACCCCUAACCCUUAAUUCGAAGAUUAAUUAAUGUGAUUUUAUUUACUUAUAAUCGAUAUAAUGCGGCACUUCUAAAUUAAAAAUAAAUUCUAUACAGAAUAAAAAUGACAUAUUACGUUAGUUUUUGAAUCUUUCCAGUUUGGCGUCAAAGGUCAUUUAAAUUGUGAAUUUAAAAUUUUCAGUUAUGCCUAUAUUAAUUUAUAGAAAAAUUGUAGCAUAUGCUUUUCUUAAGAAAUCUUAAUAAAUUAAAUUAAAAACUUAGGAAUACAAAAUUUUCUAUAAGCGCAUAUUAUGUGCACCUUUUUACGCUUAUGCCAUUUUAUUUCGAAACUUAUACCAAAAACCAAAGCUUUAAUAUAAAUAAUUAUAAUUCGUAAAAAAAACGUAAGUGACUUACAUUUUGCCUUAAAAAGAAAAUAUGAAAAGAAACAUUACAAAUCAUCAUUGAUAAUAUUGUAUAAGAUAAGGCCAACAUAUGCUUUAAUUAUAAUUCAAAUCGUAAGAUUGUAAUUAAGUCUGUUAAGUGGCUACAAACAAGCAAAUACGAAAACAAUCUAAACUUCGUCGUUUUAUAGAGUGCACCCUUUUACACAAACAAAUAAGUAUGUAUGUACGAAUACCUAUAUAAGUUGAUUAUUAUACGAUUACUUAUAUACAUUUGUAAACAACUUUAUUCUGAAGCAAUUUUGUAUUUGUUUGCAAGUAAUAAAGCAAUAUUCAUUGUGAUUAUGGCUAGUCA